UUAACAUAUUACUCCACCCCCAGAUCAUCAUGCUGAACCGACUCCUCCGGCCGCAGUCUGCGCUGCGUGCAGCCUCCUCCCUCACUGCGAAGCCUGUCUCCGCGCUCCCACGCAUCCAGAGCCGUGCAAUCCACCGCGUGCCUACCCUCGCCUACGAAAAUGAAUACCGGGGCAACGGUAUCGCAGAGUUCAUGUCACCAGAGGCGUUCGACUUCUCCUGGACGCAAUACCAAACCCUCCUUGUCGACAAGCUGAACCUGUUGACGCAGGACACCAUCGAUGCCGACGCGAAGCCCGGAGAACUGCUGGUCAAGUACUCCCGGCGUCCGGAGAUGGCCUCCGUCUUCAACUACGCCUCAAUGGCUCACAAUAACCACUUCUUCUUCAAUUGCCUGUCCCCCCGCAAAACCGAGAUGCCCGAGAAGCUCGAGAAAGACAUCACAGAAACGUGCUCGUCGGUCGAGUCACUGAAGCUCGAUUUCCUGGCCACGGCCAACGCGAUGUUCGGUCCCGGUUUCGUCUGGCUGGCCAAGAACCUGGAGCGCGAGGGGAUGAUGCACGUUUUCUGCACGUACAACGCCGGCUCUCCUUACCCUGCCGCGCACUCGCGCCGCCAAGCCGUUGACAUGGCCACCCAUACGCCCGACACCCCGCUGGGCAACCAGUACGCCGGCGCGAUGGGCGCCCACGCGCCCAACCAGAAGAGCAUGGCUCCUGGAGCCAUCGAUGUACAGCCUAUCUUGUGUGUCAACACCUGGGAGCAUGUGUGGAUGAUGGAUUACGGUAUCGCCGGCAAGGAGGAGUACCUGGAGCGGUGGUGGGACCGGAUCAACUGGGAGGUGGUGGCUGACAACUACAACAAGAUCAGCGUCAACCGGGGGGCGCGCAACCCCAACACCGCCUGGGGGCGCAGUCUGGGCAUGAUGUCGUAAUUUCUUUUCACCCAAUCCGGAUGAUGGUUCGAUAAAUUGUAUUAUACACAUGGG